CCUGCUAAACACCCCUCUGCGGUGUGGCCCUGCCCGGCUCUCCCUUCUCUUCAGCCUCCGCAGGCGCCCGGCCCUGCCCGCCGCACCGUGGGGAGGAGACAGCGGCGGGAGGGCGGCGGCGCUUCCCUCAGCCCCGCCAGGCCCAGCCCAGGCCGCGCCGGCCGCUCCAUCCAGAAGGCGGGAGGACAAUCCGCCCAGAAGGGCUGCGGCCCGGCGGGCAGGAGCCGCAGGAAGACUGGAUGGCUGAGUGAGAACUGGAUGUUUGGAGAAUUCACGGUCGUGGCUGAGGAUAACAACAUGUCUAAAGAAAUGCAAGAACUGCAGAAGCAAUGGCACUCCAUGGUGCAGUCCAUCCACAGCAACUCAAAUGUUGUUGCAUUUAUGAAUUCUCGUGUUGGCCAAUAUUUAGAUGACCAUCCUUUUGUUGCCUUAUCACUCCUGAUGUUUAUUGCAGUGUCUGCUAUUCCUGUUGCAUUUUUCGUGUUUUUUGUUGUUGCAACAGCCAUAAUGGCCUGUAUCGGUGUGAUAGUUAUGGAAGGUGUUGUAAUAGUCAUAGGUGGCAUAGCCCUCAUUUGUGUGCUGUGUGGCCUGGGUGCACUUUCACUGGGAGUUUCUGGAGUACUGAGUAUUAGUUACGUUGUUCUUUCAGCUCUGGUCAACUACUGGCACGCCUCAAGGAGUCAGAUAAGGAAGCAAGAAAGCAAUGGAAAUUUGCCACAGAAGAGUCCUCCUGUUUUGGAUCUUGCUGCCAAUAAUGGAAAGACCGAAUAAAUGGGUUUCUCCCCACUUCCUUCAUGGGCACUUAACUGUACUAUUCUGACCUUUGCAAUGUAAUAGUUUACCUGUUGAGCAUUCAACCUUGUGCACUCCUUAUGGGAACUGAAAAAAAUUAAUAUGCAUCUUGCAUUGUCAGUGUAGUAUUAAGAAUAACCAGUAAGCAGCAGUGCGAUGCGAUAUUAAGUCUAUGUGCAUGAUGGAAUGUUCCACAGAAUUUGAUAAAGAGAUGUAAUAAUAACAGCUACUGUUAAGUCAGUGAUAAUUAGGCAAAAGAAAGAGUAGGUGAGUAUUUGACUUCCUAUUUGGAAGUUCUGGAUGUCUUUUGAAAUUUGUGUGCAGCAGUUGGUCAUUUUGAUACAUAAGUGUCAAAGCUCAGAACACCAGAAAUGUGCUUUGAAUGUUAAAAAAAUAUUUUUAAGCCUUAACAGCCUUUGUUAAAAUAGUAUGAGCGCACCAUGCUAAUGCUUUCUGUUUAUUAUACGAGGAAGAUUGGGGUUUGUCCUAUGUUAGGUCAUGGUAUAAGCUUUUACAUACCUUUAAGUGGUAGUAUUAUUCUGAAGGGAUUUUUCCUUAUUGCCUCAUUACAUCAAUGGUAUGCAGUUAGGUCUUGUAUUUUGUCAUAUUUGUUUAGGUAUUUAAAGAGCCUGUUUUGCUUCUCAGUUGUAACUUGUAUGUUAUUUAAGCUUCUCUUCAUUUUUGCAAAUGCUAUAUUAUUAAGCAUUAAGGAAGUAUCUCACUAUAUUAGUUGAAUAAAGUGCUGUUUGUUUAA